AUGCCUACUUUUUCACAACCGUUCGUAGCGUCCCUCGCACGGGCUCUCGACGCGGCCCAGGUGCCCUGCGUCUUGUGGGGCCACUGCCUGCUCUGUCUCCACGGCGUACCUUCCAUCGUCGGCCUCCCUCGACCUUCCGCCGUAUUUUGCCCUGCGUCCGAGCAAACUGUGUUUCCGCCCUGGCGGCCGGGUCGAGGGGCUGGAGUUUUCAAGUCGGCCACAGAUGCCGUCGUCGCUCUCAGGUCUCACGUUCUUUUGGAGGCUUACAUGCAGCUCUAUGCACGGGACCAAGGGAAGCGUGUCGGUUCCUUCGGCAUGGCCAUGAUCGCCUACAUACAGCUUUACGUUGAUGCUGACGGGUUUCUGGAUGCCGACCUUCUGCCAGAACCACUUAGCACGUUCUACAGAGAAUUGCAGGAGGGCAAAAAGCCGAUACGCCAGUGGAUGUUGGAAUUAAAGGGCGCUCUCGGAGUGGAGGAGGAGGAUCCUGAAAGUGAUAGCUGA